GUACUUUUGAUUCUUCUAAUUUAUGGUAGACAAUAUUAAAACUUAUCAAUGUUGGUAUACAAAAGGUACAUCAAUAGCACACAAACAAAACAGAUUAUCAAGGAAUAAACUAACGGACUUCCUAACGAAACGAAGUAAAUCUGAAAAUGUGAUGGAUGUAGCAGACUUUUCAAUAUAUUAUGAUGUUAAUACAAAUGAGACCAUACGUAACAUGAUGCCCCGGCCGUGGUACAAGCCCGGGUGGCUACUGAGGCUUCCAUUUACCGGCGGGAGGUGCAUUUGUGAAGGCUUAAAGUGCUCGUGUUGCACAGGAAUACGAAUCGAAUCAUUUAACUUCGAUAGAAGAACAUGCGCAAUCUUCACAUACGAGCCGACAGACUCUGUCCUGGAUUUGGAAGUGAAAAUGAACAACGAUAGUGUCUAUCGAAAUUCCUUCUCUGCCCGUAACCCUCCACCAUUCUGCGUGCCAAUUCCGGUGCCGUACCUACCGCCGGGCCUCGUCGACAUGUGUGUGCGGCUGUACGACAUAAACAUUGUGCAGCAAAUGUUGCACAUGUGCAUGGAUAUGGACACAAGGGUUGAUAAAGCUCCAGUUUUGGUUCUCCAUUUUGAUUGCAUGGACAUGGGUUUCAAUGGAGUCAGUCUAUCUAAGCCCAGCAACCAAACAAACGUCCUGACAGAAGACGGAACAACCACGCCGACCCAGCCGGGGGUUGAUGUAUAUGACCCGGUCACAGAAACUAUACAGCAAACGACUUCCAUGUUCAAUAUGAGCAUUAAAUAUAUUUAA